GUGACGCGAACCCUUCACUGUGGACGGCGUCACAAUCUAGAACACUACCAUAGCACAGUAAUUUCAUCAGGGACGCAUUAUCGCACGUAACACACUCUCCCUCAAGGCGAAUACAGUUGAUACUACAAAUACCACAGUGACUUAAUUGUUGCCAUGGAGAUCAGGAAGAUGGAAGAUAGAGGAGGGGAAGUGAUAAUCUCCAAAUACUAUGACGGAAUUCACUUCCCACCAUUGGUUUCGGGGAACGUAAAAGACCAUUUAGAGGCAGUGAGGAACAUGAAAUACAGGAAAGGCGACGUGCUUCUUGAUUCAUUUCCUAAAACUGGAACACACUGGACCUAUGACAUUCUGUAUAUGUUGAAAAAUGAAAAAGCAGAAUAUAGUACCGGCAAUAUUGUGACGCUCGACUUUGAAACAACUGAAAAAAACGAUGCCAUAGACAGCCCAAGAGUUCUGGUGUCACAUUUAUAUCCGCAACAUAUUCCGAAAUUUGUUGAAGACGAGAAAUGUAAAAUCGUCUAUGUCUACCGGAACCCAAAGGAUACAGCAGUAUCUAUGCACUCCUUCAUGAAGCGAUUAAACAUCGAGGGAUUGAAAGGUUAUAAAGGCACGUGGGAACAUUUCUUUGAAUUUUUUGCCACAAAACCAGUGCAUUAUAAUACUUGGUUCGAACACGUAAAGUCGUGGUUGGACUUCAAGAAGAAACAUCCAGACGUACCCAUUCUGAUGGUAUCAUUCGAGGACAUGAAAAAGGACCUCAGAAGCUGUGUUCAAAAGAUGGCAGAACAUCUCGGGACAAAACAAGACCCAGACUUUCUUGAUGAAGUUACAAAUAAAUGUCAGUUUAGCGCCAUGUCCAAAGCAAAAACCUCAAAUACGAAAGAAAUAGCAAUGACCAAAGACGGCAGCAACCCAUUCUACAGGAAAGGUGAAGUGGGUGAUUGGAAGAACUGGCUAACUGUCGCACAGGACGAAACGUUUGAUGCCGUGAUUGAAAAAAAUAUGACUGACAUUGAUUUGGAAGUGAAAUAUACACUGUGAUAGACGUUUCAAGGCGGAAUAUAAAAAAAUAUCCACGAGAAGUGAAUACUACCAAAUCAUUUAUUAGGAUUAACAAUAAAAUAUGUUUAAACUGAACAAAUUGAGUAUUUUUUUACAU